GGCACUGCGCUCACAAUGUCUUGCCAACUGUCGCGUUUUCAGUGCAAUUCUUCGUAAUUAAGCAACGCUAAGAAAACAUAAGGAGCACUGUUUCGAUAGCUGGCAUUCCUCCCGCUAUGGCGAAUGUUUUUGCCGUGCUGGCUGCUCACCAGCGGAGCUUGCACGAGUUGAUCGAUGCCCAGCACCAAGUUCUUCGGCAACAACUCGCCGAUGCAGGUUGGCUGAGGGAUAUUGAACUCGAUGGAGGUGCACAACUUGAAGGAAUCUCUGGUGGUCUUGCGCCGAAACUGGGCACUUCCCAGCAGUCUUUGCAGCCGACCUUGCCAGAUGACGUUGACCCGUUGCCGCCCAACACGCCCAAGUCGGCACUGCUCACUGCCAGCCCGUCUGCGUUUGUCCUGCUAACUUCUCAAGAUAGCCCGUCCGUGAACAGUGCGGGGUCUCACUUAGCACAGCCAGAGUUGACCUCCCAAGAAGUGGUGAAGAUUUUGAGCAAGACGGACGAGGAGGAGCAGGAGACCAGCCCCGGCAGCCAACCGCUGGGCAGUCACAGCUCUGCGAUGAUUGCACAGAGGGCCUUCAGCAAAAACGACAAGGUGAAAUUCAUCUAUAGGUUGGAUUGCUUGGCGGGGCUUUGUGUCCUCGUGAACUCGAUCUUCAUGGCCAUCGAAUUGGAGUUCGAAGGCCGCUUCAAUGGUCAGACCUUGAACCAAGGCCAUGCGCCGGUGGCCGAUCCUUCCUUCUUCUUUUCCGUUUCUGACAACAUUUUUGCCGUGCUGUACUUCUUGGAGCUUAUGGCGCGCAUCGCCGUGGAGAGGCGGAAGUUCUUCACCACCUUAGUGAAUUGGUUCGAUAUCUUCCUAGCAACCAUCACCUGCUUCGAUGUCUGGGUUUUAAGACCCAUGGCACUUUCAGGUGGAGCGACCGAUCAGAUGAUUCUGUUGCGCCUGGCGCGGGCGGUGAAAUCCAUGAGGGCCAUCCGCAUGGUGAGAACGUUAAGGCUCUUCCGAGGCUUGCGGGUCCUGGUCCAGGCAUGCUAUUCAUUUCUGCCAUCACUAUGUUGGUCCAUGGUUCUCCUGGGAAUUUUUAUGGUGAUGGGGGCCCUGAUGCUGGGGAACAUGCUGCAGGAAUUCAUCGCAGAUCAGGGACAGGACUUUGACACUCGCGAGUGGAUUUGGCAACAUUACGGCACAGCCCUGCGUGCGAUGUACACUCUCUAUGAGAUAACGUUUGCAGGGAAUUGGCCAACAUAUGCCAGACCCGUGAUCGACGGUGUGAGCAGCUACUUCGCGGUAUUUUUCCUGCUGUACAUAACACUCAUAGUGUUCGCGGUCAUACGAGUUAUCACAGCGAUCUUUUUGAAGGACACGCUGGAUGCUGCAAGCAAUGAUGCCGAGCAUUUGGUGGUUGAGAAGCUCCAGAAGAAGGCACAGUAUGUCAAGAAGCUGGAGAAGAUUUUUUGCGCCAUCGAUGAAGUCGGGAAUGGCACCUCGAACUGUUGGGCCGACCUGGAAGCCCGAGCCGGGCUCAGCAGAGGCAUGAUCACCCAACAGCGGAUGUCCGAGAUCCUCCAAGUACCCGAGGUGAAGGCCUACUUCCAGACGCUCGAGGUGGAUGUGCACGAAGGAGCUGCGUUGUUCCACAUUCUAGAUAAUGGGGAUGGCGAAGUAACGAGAGAAGAAUUCAUUGAUGGAAUCCUGAGAUGCAAAGGACCUGCUCGUGCUAUUGACCAAGUGGCGAUGCAAGCGGACCUGACGCACCUGCAUGACAAGUUGUCCGACAUUCUGAAGAUCCUGGAGGAGGUGCAUCAUACCAGAACUACUUCCAACUCCAGGCCGAAGCUCCUGCGACGGGGGUCGAUGGCCAACCACCUGCGACUCUUCCGAAUGGAUGCCGGCGAAGAGGUGCUUCAUGCGCAGGGCUCCAAUCGCAUUUGAGGCGUGGCGAGGACGCGCGGCGGCAGGGUGUGGCUGUGCAACUCGCCCCAUGACCUUCACUUCUGAGACAGUUUAUUUCUUUCGCCGUUGGAUGGGUGGUGUUAUAUCGUCGUGAAUUGAGUCGGUGAUCUUGGACUUGAUGGACAGGUCGCAUGUCACACCAAAGGUGUGACAUUGGCUUUGCCUCUGAGUGCUGUUGGGGCAGUUUUUGUCUAAC